ACAAGGUUGUAACGUAAGUGCACAAAAGCAGCGAUUUUAGCACACCUAUGGAUAAUAGGAGAAUAAUUGAAAUCCCUUACUUUUCUACAUACGUUACUUUCCACUAUAACGUACAUAUAUAAUAUUGUUUUUAUACAUUCCGUGUAGUCUUUAUCCGCAUACAAAAGUGUCGAACUUCUAACAUAUCGUGGCAAUAGGUAUAAAUAAUACUGUAUACCGAUGUCCUGUCAAAUAAAAACAAUUGGCAAUUUAAAAGACGUGAAUAAAGUCAGAGAAAUACUUUCUGGAGAUGCUGAUGUCAGACCUGAAUUUAUUGCAAGUCAUGAAUUACCUUUGCAAGAUUGUUUUGUCUCUCUUUCAUCUGCCGGUGAUGUUCUUGCACUGGCACAAAAUAAUAAAAUGAUCAUAUUGAUUUCAAAAUGGGAUUCACAGGAACCAAGUGAAUCGAAAAAUAAAUUUCAAAUUUUAUGGAAUGGAAUAAUUGCAGAGAAUCAAAACGAAUGGAUUACUUCGAUAAUAUGUUUACCUCUGAUAUCGUUGGGUAAAGUCAGUGCAGGUACCAAUCCUGAUUGGACAUGUAUAGCAGUAGGAUUUAAUAACGGCAUUUUGAGAUUUUAUACAGAAACAGGUGCAUUAUUAUUAGAACAACAACUACAUAAUGAACCAAUUCUUGGAAUAAAAUGCCAAUCAUCUUCCUUUCAUAGGCAUUCAAUCAGUAAGCAACCAUUGGAAGAAUUGUAUAUAAUUUAUAGAAGUAUCGUAUGUAUACUGCAGGGUUUUCCAUUAUUUUCAACUUUACGAGCAUGCAGGAAUCAUUUAGCUAGAGUGCAAGCUAAAUGUAAUGAUAUAUCUCCAGCUACUACCUUAUCAUACAAAAAGUGGGAAUUCAGAAAUCAAGAUAUCACAAAUGAUACUGAAAUUAUUGGUACAACAUCUGUGAGCAGUUUUAAUCAUUUGAUGACUGCUUCCUUAUGUGGUGGAUACAAUGCAUUAUAUAGAUCUAGUGCUCCACAACAUAAUUUGGUUAUGGCUACUGGUAAAAGACCGUUCAUUGGUUUUCAUUAUGCAUUAGAAGGAGGCAAUGCUCCUGUUUUAUCUGACGUUGCUGCUGCAAUGGCCAGUAAAUUAGUAAAUGCUAUUGGAACUGCUGUUCCUUGGUUUCGAAGCAAUUCAAAAACUUCUGCAUCACUUGAAAUCUCUAAAAAUAAUAGUCAAGAAUCUACUGAAACAUUAAGCUGUAGGUACAGCAUAAGUGAUCUAAUGAGAGAAGGUGAUUCCAUUGUUUGUAGUCCAAAUAAAAUGUUAUCAGCUGUAACAGAUGCAAUGGGUAGAGUAAUAUUAGUGGAUAAUAAGAGAGGUGUUGCAAUAAGAAUGUGGAAAGGAUAUCGCGAUGCACAAUGUGGAUGGAUUGAAGUUGGAGAAGAUAAGUAUUCUGGAAUACAUAAGAAUACUAAUAAAAGCGUACGCACAUCACACGUUCGCAACACAUUGUUUUUAGUUAUAUAUGCCCCAAAAAAGGGUGUAAUAGAUAUAUGGGGAAUUCAGCAGGGUCCAAAAAUUACAACUUUUACUGCCAGUAAAAAUGGACGAUUGCUGUACAUUAAUUAUGGCCUGCUAGGUAUAAAUGAAACUACAAACUUAAACAAGAAUGAAGCACAACAUACUUGUGUAUUUAUGGAUCCUCUUGGGGGAUUAAAAGAAAUAAUUGUUCCGUUUCACUUUGCUCUUAGUAGUAAAAAUGCUAAAAAAGCGUGUGACAUAUAUCUUCUUCGUAAAUUGAAAAAUUUUCUAAGAGAAGAAGAUUUUGAUAAAGAAAAAUUAAUUACAGAAGUUUGUAAUGUGUGCUUAGCUAUGAAAACAAAUGAAGUCAGAUUGCAAACACUGGAAUUGUUAAUGAAUACUAAGGAUAUUUUGCCUGAUGCAUUAUUAGCUGCUACGAAUUGUUUUGCUAAAACAUUUGAUGGAUCUGAUUUGAAUAUCAUGGAGCCAGCAGCAAAAAUUGUAUAUAAAUUAACUAUUCAAUUACAGAAAAUAAUAACAUUUUAUAUGUUCAUUAUUAGUUCUGAUUUUGACAAUACAGUACAAUCAGUUGAAUCCUCUGAUCAUGAAAAUUCAAAUACUGAAAUGCUAGCUUUAACAUUAUUAAUUUCUGAACAUGAAGUUGAUAGAAUAUUAACAUUACAUAAAACUAUAUAUAAUAUAGAACAUGACAAUGUUAAAUCAGGAUGUAAAGUGAAAUUUAAUGAUAAUGAAAGAAAAUUUUUUAACUUCUUAGCAUGUUUUGAUUUUAGUGUAUCAAACCUGACAGUUUUACAGAAGGACAUUACAUUAGAAAAGAAAUACCAAAUUUCUGUAUUGAUUUUUGAAAAGUGUAUGUCUUUUCAUGAAACUAUUGAAACAUGGAAAAUUGCUGCUGCAAAUAGUAAUAUUCAGCCACAUGUUUUUAUGCAGCUUGUAUUAAUUUAUUGGAUGUAUAAAGAGGGUGAUAGGAAUUUAGAAUCAACACUAACGCAAUUUACACGAUUAUUGCAUGUUAUUUGUUCAUUAAAUAGUAUAGAAGAAAUAUGUGUAGAUUGUAAUGAGAACUCUUUAUGGUGGAAAGACGUACGUACUAUUUUAACUGAAUCCUUAAAUCCUCUACAUGCUUAUACUGCAGCAUUGGCAUGUAGAGCAGUUGCUGUAACAUUAGAAAAGUAUAAAGACAAGGCAUAUAAUACUACAGAAGAAACUUAUGAUAGUAACAAAAAUGAUGCUGAUGAUAGUAAUAAUGAUUCACAAGCAAAAGUGGAAAUAAGUAGUAAAGGAACUAAUAUUGUACCGCAUGAAGAAGUACAUAAUUCUAUAAGUGAAUGGGAAAAUGUUAGUAAGGAUACAUGUCAAUUUACUUUACUUAUAGGAAACCUUGAAGAUGUUAUGGUUUUAAAUGCAGUUGUAAGGCAACAACCUUUGAGAGAUCAAACAAUUGACUUUUUUACAUUACCUUUUGAAAUACAAAAUAUUUCUUUGGGAAUGAUUUUAUCUAAUGGAAAAGGUUCUGUUUCUGAAAUUGUUGCAAAAUGGUUAAGUUCAACAGGUGUACAUCCUGUACAAUUGGUAGAUACAGCUGACAUAGAAUUUGAACAAUUGCAUUUUGUGGAAAAUGUAGUACCUGAGAAAGAAGUAUCUGCUGUUAACUUACAAGAGGAUGCUAUAGAGGAUGCACCUUCUUCAUCUGUAGAAAAUCAAACUGAGCAAACUACAAACACAACAGCACAAGCGUGGGUGCUAGAAAAAUUGACUUUGUUGAAACAUCACUUUCCAUAUAGUUUAACAAGCAGCGUGCUUCUUGCAAAUUUAUGUUGGGAAUUUGCUAUGGCUUGGAAUAAAAAUGUAUCAGAAUUAGAAGGUCUUGAUGCGGCUCUAAUCGUUUUGCGUCAUAUACCUAUGAAACAUAUGCAACAUGGUGUUUGCUGUCUUUUGUGGACAUUACAUAUAAAAAAAAGGAUGGAAGCAGCUGGAAAAAUCAUGAAUAAGCUAGGUAAACUGCCAAAGGAGAGAUUAUCUAUACAAGAAACUGGACUUUCUGACAAGCAAUUAGUUACAUUCCUGCAACAUUGUGUUACAUUUUUUGAUAUAUUUAGUGAAGCUGAAUUACUGGAAGCAAGUAAUAAUAUAUUACUGAAAUCAGAAGAAUUAUGGGAAGGUCAAUCAUCUGGACCACAACCAUUUGCACUUUCAGCUUUAUCACAAACACCUGCAUGGUAUGAAUUAAUUAUGCUACAUUUGCAGAUAACUAAUAUUUUAUACAUGAUGGCAUAUUUCAAUCUAAAGAUAUCAAAGCCUCUGAAUAACUUAUUUGAAGGAGUGACUCAGCCAUAUUUUUUUCAAGAUAUAUCAGAUAAAAUAAUGUUUACUUGGAAUCAUGAUGAUAGAAAAGAUAGUUUACGUUUAGAAUUUUUACGUCACGUAAUUACAGCUUCUAUGGAUUUCAUUCAUCAAGAAACUGUAGAUGGGAAAACAUUAAGUUCUACACAAGCUGUACUCUGGAUGAGCAGAUGUCAAACACUAGGUUCAAUGUGGAAAUUAAAUAGUGAUGAAUUAAGGAUUCAUCAAGUUUGUCAACUUUAUAUUAAUGGAUUUGAUAGAUUAGCAGAAGAGGUUGCUGCGGCUGUGAAUGACACUGAAAGAUUAGCAACAGAUUUAUUGCCUAUAGCUGGAAGAAGAAUGAUGGCAUAUCUUUCAAAAUCACCAGAUUUAUUAGAAGAAGUUUCACGAAUAAGUACAACACUAAUUAAAUACCUUGAAAGUUUAGAUAUGUCAGAAUUAAUUCUUACAAACUGUUCCAAUAAUGAUACCAUAGAAUUAAUUCAUAAAAUAUCAAGAUAUUUACCCGAGUCUCACUGUGAAUUUCAUGUAGUACAACGGAUGUUAGAUGCUACUUUUAUAUAUCAAGAUAAAACGUAAUGUUAGAUAAAAUAUAUAGAUUGUGUAAUUAAGUUAUAUUCAUUGGUUGUUCGUAUUGCAAAUUUUAUGUCAUUUUAUGUUAUAUACAGCAUAAAGCAAACCUAAUGAAGCUUAUAUAUUAUAUUUUAUUUUGUAUUAUAUAUUACAGAAAUAAAGUAUUAUAAGCAGUAA